GCCCCGAGAUGUGCCUGUUUCAACAUGCUGUGCUGUUACAAGCUGCACCCUGCACGGUCUGACCUCAGCUCCCCGUGUGCAGCUUUCCACAGCCUUGAGACCGCCUGCUCUGCUGAGACCCUGAGACCGCCCGCUCUGCCGAGACCCUGCCAAGACCCUGCCCGGGCCCUGCCGUGGCUUAGAUCCCUGUCCUCCAGAGGCUCCUGUGACGUGCUUGUGUGUGCUGUCGUGUGAGAUGAGGACAAGUAUCUGGCCCACAUGGUGAUUUUUGACUACAGCAGAUGGAUUUGAAGAGACAUUAAAGAGGUAUCAUUCAAGUGGAGGGCGAUGGCUGAGGACCACAAGUGUGAGCACUUGGUCAUCAUCGAAGACGGGGACCGGGACCAGAGUGAGGAAAGCGAGACGGGACAGACCACAGAGGGACAGGGGGAGAGGGCAGAGGGACAGAGAAAGGGGCCAAAUGCAGUGAAAGCAGAAGAAGAUCAAAAUGAGAAUCAGGACAAACAUGUCAGCGAGCAAAAUGAGCAAUGCGACAGUGACACAACACAAGAAGACGGUCUCUGUAAACCUGAACAGGAACCAGCUGAGACAGAGCUGCAGGACUUCAAGAAGGUUCACCGGUUGAGCCCUGACUUCCCAGACUCGCUGUUCGAGCUGCUGUGCACAUUACAGGAGGGCCGGCGUCUGAAUGACCAGCGCUGCUCCUUCACUGCCCUGGAGCCCGGAGUGAGGAGGAGGUGCCACUCGGAGCCCAAUACCACCAAGCCUGCCCAGCGCGUGGUGUUCUCCUCCAUGAACUCACUGCAGAGGGAGGAGUUCUUUGACCUGGUGGCCACAGCACAGGCACGCCGCCUCAAUGACCAGAGGGCCCAGCUGGAGCGCUCUGCUCCACAGAAGACCAAGAGCCGCAGCUUCAGAGGCAGCCUCAAACAGCUGAGCCUGAAGAAGGCUGAGCCAGCCCCUGUUCCAGCCCCUGUACCCAAAGAGGAGCUCUACAGUAUGAUCUUACACACACAGGCUCAGGGCCGACUGGAAGACCAGCGCAGCAGGGCUCCAGGGCCCAUGGAUGAUGAGGUCUUCUUCUCUUUACUGCUGAGGGUCCAGGGGGGACGCAUGGACGAGCAGAGGACGGAGCUGCCCUGCCUGCUCCACACCUGAGAGACCCUUAGGACCCUUAGGACCACUGGUCUGACAGGACCUGAUGGACAUGUGGACAUUUCAUUGUUUUUAAUGCACUUGUACAGCACAUAGCUCAGGCCAGUCCUGGGCCAAAGGGAGGGCUGCCUCUGGUCCCUGCCUCUCCAUGUUCAAAAGUCAGUCUCUACACAUACUGUAUAUCAACCAAGUGGACCUGGUACCUAACAUAAGUCUAUCUAAGUCUGUGUGUGAUUGUAUGAAUAAGUGUAAUUGUACAUGAGACUGUUCUGCACAAGGAUCCAGUUGGAGCACAGUUCUUUGCUUCUUUGCUGAUGACUCAUAAGUUAAAUGUUUAUUGUUAUGCAAAUAAAGCUCUUGUUCAUGUCAUAAGA